AUGAAGGACAAUGCGCGAGAGUUAGAGGAACGUCUUAUGGACAGCAGCAGGGAUGUUGCUGCUGCAUGCAACUGUGGGGCAGCAGCAGCAGGACCAUUUGCUGCAGUAGGUAUUGUGCAGCAGCAGCAGCAGCAGCAGGAUCAAGAGGAUCAACAAGAACAGGAUGAUGAUGAGGAUCAACAACAGCAGCAGCAGCAGCUGCAGCUGCAGCAGCAGAUGCUGCUGCAGCGCAGCAGCAGCAUAGGAGAAAGGGUUUUCUUUAGGGGUUUAUUAUUAUUCAAGAUAUUCUUUGGUGCUGCGCUGCUGCUGCUGCUGCUGCUUGCUGCUGUUCAUCUAGAUACAACAGCUAAUCUACUCAGGGAAAUUAUUGCAGGGGUGCAAGACUUGGGUGGUUUUGCUCCUUUUGCUUAUAUAGCUUUGUAUGUUUUGUUUAUUGCUUGCUUCUUACCAGCUGAAUUCAUGCACUUGGCAGCGGGUUUCAUUUUCUCUCGUAUUUAUGGAGAAAGUUUUAUCCUUGCCUUUAAUUUUAUUGGCUCUGCUCUAGGUGACCUCAAAGACCUAGAUAUACAGGUCGUAUUUUUUCCC